UGGGGUUUAAAGUUACGAAGUAGCGUUUCUCUGAGGCUGCGUUACUACCGUAAAAGGAUUUCAUAAUAGUGGAAGGUGGGGAGUCCUAUUGUUUGGAGGUCAUCAAUGGAAACCCAAGCACCCGCUAUCACAGCCCUCGGCUCCCUCUUCCGCCUCACUCAAGUUUCUCUUUGGGACGAUGCCUCAGCGGAGGUGCCAGAAGUAUCGUCCUUUUCUCGACGCUCUAAACCAUCUGCCGGUGAUGAGGAAGACGAGGGCAACUCUGACAUUAUUUCUGCAGCUAACGAUUAUAAUCCUUCACAAGAGUAUGUGGAACUUGCUAAAGAAAUGAAUGCAUUGGGACUUCCUAUUUCCUUCCACACAAACAAGGAGAAGAGGAAUGCAGUGGUCAAAGGGAAGAGGAAGAGUAAACAAAUGAAGCAUCCACACUGUGAUAAACAAAUUGAGGAUGGAGUGCUAGAAUUUCCCAAAGUGAGUGAGGGAGAUAUUGUAUCACCUACUGUUUUUCAUGAUAAAACAAGCAAUUCUUUAUGUUGCAUGUCAAUGCUGGGCAAAAGUGAAUUCUCUUGCUGUGAUAUUGCAGUUGAUGUCAAUAAAUCUCAAUGCUCCACUGGUGAAGGAGAUGAUUCAGUGAGCUUGACUGCUGGGACUACUAAUGGUGCUACCAAGAAAUUCACUUGUGAUGGAAAUUCUGACAUAAUGGCCAAUGAUUGCCCAGGUUGUGAUUUUGUAGAGAAUGAUUCUGUUUCAAAAGAUGACAUGGAAACUGCAGCAGAUAAAAUGAAUAUAAAUUCUGAAACUUCUGCUAGUUGUUUGGUAGAUGCUGAAAUUGAUUGUGGCAAGAAAGAAGUAGAUGGAAGAUUAGUGGAGUUUGAACAUUUAGAUGGUUCCUUGGUUGCUUACCAUGAUGCACAAGGUGAGAAGAUUUGUGAUGAUAUCAGCAUUGAGCAGCUAGGGGUUCCUAAUUUGGUUUUACCAUCCCAGUCUUCAGAAGUGAUUGACCAUGAUGGAAUUGACAGCUGUGAAUCCUAUGGGGGUUUUGGAGACUGGAGGGUAUAUUGGGACUCAUUCUACAUGAGGAACUACUUUUAUAAUAUCAAAACACAUGAGUCCACAUGGUACCAGCCUCCAGGUAUGGAAUUCUUAUUGGGUGACAUAACUAAUGAGUUUAGUGAAAUAAUUCCUGAGCAAGAUUACAUGAAAGCAGUAGAAGCAAGUGGUUUACAAAAUGUAUUUGUGGUAUCCAAUCCUGGUGAUGAAGUAUCUGGUCAGCCAUCGAACGAGCACUCUGUGGGGAUUGAGCUUGAUGCUGAAAAAUCCAUGUCCAGCAUGACUAUGCCUGAUGUGAGCAGCUGUUCACUUCAAGAGAUUAAUAGAAAUUGCAAUGAUAAAAUUCCUUCUUGUAUUUUAUCAGAAUCAGAUACUCAUAAGUGCAUUGGCAGUUUGGGGAAAAAGCUUGAGCAACUUGAUUAUGAUGAGGUCUGCAGCAGUGAUUUGCAAUUUAUGCUUACAAAUAGGACGGAUGAAAUGGAUUAUUCUGAGCCCAAAGAUGGAACCAAGAUGAUUGUUGCUUGUGAAGGGAUGUGCAAAAACUUGACUAAUGCACCCACUGAAGCAGUUUUUGAGAGCUGGAACUGUAAUAUGCAUCCUGGAUAUAUUGUUUCUGCCAUAGAUGAGUUGGAUAUCACACAUAAUUCUGUUACUACGAAACGAAAAAAGAAAGUGAGAAGGAUGCGUCCAUGGAAGAAAUUAUCCAAUGAGAAUGAAGGGUUUGAAUUUCAAGGGCUGCUGGAGGACUCUUCUGCUGAUAUUAGUAAAUAUUGGUGGCAGAGGUACCUACUGUUCUCCAAAUAUGAUGAUGGUAUAAAAAUGGAUGAAGAAGGAUGGUUUUCUGUUACUCCAGAAAUUAUAGCUAGGCAUCAUGCAUCCCGAUGUGGUAGUGGCAUCAUUGUUGACUGUUUCACUGGAGUUGGUGGGAAUGCCAUCCAGUUUGCACAGAGGAGCAAACAUGUUAUUGCCAUUGAUAUUGAUCCAAAGAAGAUUGAGUAUGCACAACAUAAUGCGGCCAUCUAUGGAGUGGAUGAUAGAAUAGAUUUUAUAAAGGGAGACUCUUUUCUGUUAGCAUCAACGUUGAAGCAGGCUGAUACUGUCUUCUUGUCACCUCCUUGGGGUGGACCUGAUUAUGCUAAAGUGGAGACAUAUGACAUCAAAACCAUGCUUAAGCCACAUGAUGGAUUUUUUCUCUUCAACACAGUAAAGAAAGUUGCUUCCAGAGUUGUCAUGUUCCUCCCAAGAAACGUUGAUGUCAAUCAACUGGCAGAGUUGUCCCUAUCUGCUGAUCCUCCGUGGUUCCUAGAGGUGGAGAAGAACUUCCUAAAUGGUAAGUUGAAGGCAGUAACAGCUUACUUCAGUGACACCUCAAUACAAAAGAACAUCUCAUCAUUUCAGUGAACACAUGGUGAUAGCAGAAGUCAACCAAUCUAAGAUUUUGUGGGCAUCAACUGACCACGAGUUGAUUUUACAACUUAAGCAAGGUUUUACUGUUCUAGAGUAUCACAUGUACAGUUUUUGAUGCUCUCAUAUAGAUUAUUUGUGGACUGUAAGUUUGUGGGAUGGCAACCUGAGUUGGAGUUGUAAUAUUAAGUUUUGUUGUAAUUAUUUGGACAGGGAUACUCUGUGUGUACUCAUAUGUUGAAAUGGUGUAGAACUAUAGUUACCCAUAAAA